CCCUCGGCCGGAGGAGUGGUCGGUUACAUCCUGCUUGGACGGCAAUGAAGUGGACCUGGUGAGGUUGCUCACAGCAGAAACACCAAACAUGGAUCGUUAUUCGGGGCAUUCCGGAGAGAUGUUUAACCGGUAUGUUCUCGAGAAUGACAAGUCGGUGGUGAGUCAGAUGCAGAAGAAGUACUGGAAGACAAAGCAGGCGCUCAUCAAAGCAACGGGAAAGAAAGAAGAUGAGCAUCUGGUGGCUUCGGACGCAGAUUUAGAUGCGAAACUAGAGAUUUAUCGUACAAUACAGACAUCCUGCAUAGAGCUUCUGAAAGUGAUUGAGAAAUAUCAGCAGAGACUCAGUUUUCUAUCCCAAGAGGAAAAUGAGUUGGGCAUGUUCUUGAAGGGACACAGCGAGCAGGAUAAAACCCCAGCAGGGAGGAUGAUGAACGCUACCAGCAAAGCCCUGUGUGGGUCUGCAAAACAAAGACUAGCUUUGCAUGUUCCACUCCUCCGACUGGCGCAGGAGGUAGAAACAUUCCGUCGCCGGGCAGUGUCCGACACACAACUCACUGUAAAUCGGAUGGAACAAUCUCGGACUGAGUAUAGGGGAGCACUGCUCUGGAUGAAGGAUGUCUCUCAGGAACUAGACCCUGACACGUACAAACAGUUGGAGAAGUUCAGGAAGGUUCAGGCCCAAGUGCGGCAUUCAAAGGCACAGUUUGACAAGCUAAAGAAUGAUGUGUGUCAGAAGGUGGACUUGCUCGGAGCAAGUCGUUGCAACCUGCUCUCCCAGUCACUUGCAGUUUACCAGAAUACACUACUACAUUUCUGGGAGAAAACAGCUUGUAUGAUGUCUCAGAUUCAUGAGAGUUUCAAGGGCUAUCAGCCUUACAAAUUUACCACACUUAAGAGUUUACAGGACCCUUUCAAUCAUCUGGUUGAGGAGGAUCCUGACAAGAGUAAAGCAAAAGAGAAGGAAUGCAUCUCUAAUGUAGUGGACAAGUUAGUGCUGUUGGAUGAAGAUGAAGAACCUGGAUCUUCUGAAGGGAAGCAGACUGAAGCACCAGUGAGCACUGCCAGUCAGGAUCUCACACAGCUACAUGCACUGGAACCUGUUGGCGACAAAAAGGAUUUCUAUGGGACAGUACCCAGGGACCCACUGGAAGGCGUGCUGGAGAGUGACGAUCUGGAGAAGCACGAGCUGACGUUUUUGAAUGACCUGCUGAACCCAAAUCCCAAUGCAGCUAGUGACUUUGGCCAUGAGUGGCAGAGCACAAUCGAUAGCUCGGGUCUUAGUCCGGGCCCCACGUUGGAAGGUGCUGAUCUCAAACCAGCUGAGGCCCCGGCGGGUUUCCUGCCAUCCCAGCUGUUUGACCUCAGCCACAACACGGCAGGAACUUUCAUUGGUUGGACUGAUCUAACAAAACCACAGCCAAUGCCACUUCCUGUCCCACAACAGCCAGAGCCAAAAGCACCAGUACAGCCAUCCCAGAACCUACCAAAGGUUCCACCCAAAGCUGCCAAGAGCAACACGCAGGACAAAUCAGCCUGGUUUAACCUGUUUGCAGAUCUGGAUCCUCUCUCUAACCCUGAUGCUAUAGGUCGAACAGAUGAAGAGCUGCUUAAUGCUUGAAACUGGAGGGAACAAAGGAAGGAGCUACAUUAUACUGUAUUCAAUUGUCUCACUGCUGCAAUUAAUUUAUGUUUACCAAAACACUAAGACCGUUAAGUGAAAUUUAAAAAAUGAGGGUCAGGGUAUGAUAAAUCUGCUAAACACUUGGGAUGCAGUGCUGGUGAUGCUAAUUUCCUGCUUAGUUUCACGUAUUGCCAGUGCUGCUGCAACCCCAGAUCGUUUUCAUGUUUCCCAGGCCGUUCCUCAGGGUACUGGGUACACUACAGGUCCUGGGCUGUGUGAGAGGGCUACAUUUGUAUAGUGACCCACAAACAGUCCAGGCCCUUCUACAGGGUGUGUUGGAGCAUUUGGAAAUCAGCUGCAUUCUUCUCAAACUGUGCAUUAAAGUACUACUGUAAAAUAUUUAUACCAUGGGAUUUCUCUGAGUAAAAUGGUCAUUUUAAAAGAAUGAAUAUGGGGUUGUUCUUUGGAUGUACAAUUAAGAGCUUUCUCUGAGAUUUGCCUGUUUGCCUUUGACAUGUGGACUGCUAAUUUUAAAACUCUGCAAUUUAUAUUGUUAUACCUGAAUGCCUCAAGAAGGUAUUCCCUUUGGCACUGGAUACAAGCAGCCUUUCAACAUUUUCUCCCUGUAGCUACAUCAAGGCAGUUACUCUAACUCCCAUCAGUUGGAAUGGUGGCCUAACUUUAGUUACUUUCUGCUUGUAAUUUUGGAGAUCAGUUAGUUAUUCCUCACAACUAACCUCAGUGUUGAUAUUGUGCCUGGUUAGGUGCGACUUUACAACUAGCCCAGAUCUACUGCAGAGGAAGCAAGAUCCAACAUGCAUCUGUGGGAACAGUCACCAUGUACACCGCUUUGGGAGGUGGGAGAUAAAUAUUAGAACUUUCUCUGAGGUAGAGUGGCAUGUGAACUGUUUGUUAACCUAGGGCUGAAAUUCCUGUUAAAAAUUUGGGAUGUGCAAUACACAUUAAGUUCUUAACACUGACUGAACUGUCAAAGAUACCUUGUAAAGGCAAAGGUACAGAGCUGCUGGAUGGCAGUCCCAGGCUCUGGCAUGUGUUGGAUCAUCAGCAAUGGCUGAGUUUUGACACAUGAAGCAGUCACUGGGUUAAUUUGGUACUGUAAGAUCUUCUGUGGAAUAUAUACUUACAUGAAGAUAAAAUCCUUUUAUCAUACAAAAAAGCAGCACUGUAUUUAUCCAAAAAAAAGCUAAAACUAUUAAAUCCCAUGCUACAUUACUACUAUUAAAUGGCAAAAAUUUUGUUCCAUGGAUUGAACUGCACUCAAGUGUGCUUAUAAAGGAAAACUGUUAGCUCAUCAAAGACUGAAGGUAAAUCCUGGCUUUAUACACAGAAUACGGCAACACCAAGUUAAAACCUGCAAUAACCAUUAUUAGAUUAGACUGAUUACCUGGUCCUUGAUUAGGUUUUAGGGUUGGGUGAGAGAGCACAGUUCUCUCCAGAAAAUGUGCCUUGGGGCCUGGAUAAAGAUGUACAUUUGAUUGCAACUUGCUUAGUACCACAAUCUGAUCUUGUUUGCAUCCAGUAAAACUUCCCUGUCUACAAUUGAUGAUAGAACACAAAGGACAUUUUCUGCAUAAAUGCCUCAAGUAAAAAGCCUAAAUAGCAUGUGCACAUAAAUCACAUCAUGAUUUUUGUGUCAUGUAAUACAUCUGCUUCAAGCUGCUAUCACAGAAAUUGAGAUUCAGCUAGAUCAGAGUACCGAGUUACAAGGAAUUACACACAUAAUCCCUGAAUAAACCUCACCUUAACUCUCAAUACUAAAGAAGCCCUCAUUUCCUUAUUGGCAUCCAUUAAGGAUUUGUUUCUUCGUGGGCUCUUUUUUUAAUAUAAAAACUGUUCUUUAGCAAGAGUAUAGUGUACUUCAAUUAACAAAGCAGUUUGGCUUUGCAUAACAAACUCUUAGCAAAUAUAGUUGAGCAAGAGAGCUUUCUUAAUCACCGUAAAGAUUUGUCUAAUUGUAGAGAUGAAUAUAUUACAGAUUCUACUUGUUUCAUUGGGUAAAUGUACAAAGGGCUUGUGCAGUCCUGCACAUCACAUUCCAAAUAUGUUUUACUAUGUCCAGUCCCAAAUGUAAAUGCAAACUGACGUGCAUUAUUCCAUGAGUGUCUAGGCUGUUUCUCACUCAGCAGUUCUUUACCUUCGCCUAUAUGUCACCAUUAGCCUAGAAUGGGAAAUGGUCCUCAGUACAACUGUAAGGCUCCCCUGCCACCUAUACCAUGGUACCUUCCUGUCUCACAGUAAGUAGCAGCUACCUGAACAAUGCAACAAUGCCUACAGUUAACAGGAUUGGUAAGAACUGGCAAAUAAAUGCUCACGCUAUUUCUCAUCUAUUAUGCACUAAUAGUAAUUCAAUAGAUUAAUGGAGAAAAGUAAUCAUCUGUCAUUUCUAAUGCACGUUAAAUUUAAGUCUAAUGGCAAUUAAAACUCCAAUACUAGAAAUUCCCACUGUAGACUCCCAAAUUUUCUAAAUAUAUUGUAAUUUCACUGAAGGGAUCUCAUUGUAGGUUCAACAUUUUUUUUCUAAAAAGUAGCAUUUGAGCUCUUUGUACUGAAUGGAUAUCUGGAAAUUGCCUCUUCUAUUAAAACCAGU